CGACCUUGGCCACGACAGGAUAAUCAAUGUUUAAUGUAUAAAAUUCUUCCCAUCAAUAUUGUGUAAAUUUAGUUCAGUAAUUGAGAUGCAUAAUAUUUCAAACGAAAAAGAAAAUGCAGCGCAAGUUUACUGUGUGGUGGAUUUAGGAACACUUUCUUGUCUGAGUGUAUUGGGGAUUCAAUAAGUACACACUAAAUAUCGCCAAUACAGAUUGGAAGUAGUUGGGGCGACUAUGGCUCCUCAAUUAGCGACUGUUGAUAGACUAGAUGUACUACCUGUUCGAUUCAUUAUUGGAGUUCUGAGAUUUUUCAAUUUUCUGUGUAUGGUGACAUUACUGACGACAUUUCGUUUUGCUGGAUGGGAUCUUGAAAAUUUACGCAGAUUUGUUCCUAAACGUGGAAAAUGGGAAGGAUAUAACGCCAAUAUGUCUACCAAUGCACCACGUUUGAAUAGAGGUACCGUGAUGUACAUAUUUCAAAAUAUCUUCAAAGAUCUUUUCAGAAAAGCUGUGAAAGGUAAAUCCGCACCUAACCCUACUGUAUAUUGCAUGGAAACAUUAGAAAAGCGCAGGUUAUUGGAUUUCAGCCAAGCAGGCCGUCCAAUGGUUAUCAUUUUUGGAUCAUGUACGUGACCUCCCUUUAUGGCCGCGUUGGCCACACUUUCUGCAGGCAUUGCCCAAUAUCAAGGCAAAGUUGAUUUUAUUGUUAUAUAUGUACAAGAAGCCCACGCAACAAACGGACUAUGGGUUCAAGUGGGAAAUAGAUAUGAGAUUGCACGCCACGAAUCCAUUUUUGAAAGACAGGCAGCUGCGCAGAAAUUGAAACCUAAGCUUCCACAAUGUUUAAUUAUGCUUGACGAUAUGACCAAUCAAGCAUGUCUAGACUAUGCUGGAUAUCCCGAUCGUAUCGUUGUUAUAUACGGUGGAACUAUACAGUAUUUGGGAGGAAGGGGACCUUUUGGAUUCUGCGUGGCUGAGAUGAAUCAAGCUCUAGAAAAGUUGUUAAAGUGAAAAUGUAAAAUUUGAGAAAACACACCAAAGGAAUACACAACACCUGCUCUUAUACACCGUACUCAGUAAACGUUGUAAAAAUUGUGCAACACUUGCUUCCAACGGGAUAUCCACUCAGAGUUGUUAGUGUGAUUGAGCUUUAUGUAAAUACAAGAAACUGAUGUAAAAAAUGUAACAAUGUUUAAAUAUAAAAGCAAUCAAUAGCGGCGUCUGUGUAUGCUCGUUUAACUAAUAUAUUAAAAUUUGUUUAUUGACUAAAAUUUUGUUUAUCGCAGCGAAUUUCGUUCGUAAUGUAACAAAAUUGACUAGAUGUUUAAUGAAGUGUUACAACGGUUGAACCAUGCUUAGAACUUCACGACAGCAGUGUCAUACAACCAUUGAAAGUAAAUAUAAGAGUGAUCCAUACAUAAUUUUCAUUCGUCCUCUGCAGAAUAUUGUAAAUUUAUAGAUUUUUCCUAUUACUUUUAAACGAAACUGUGGUUUGAAAAUUGUACAGUUAUAAAAAUGUUAUUUUUAUGUUACACUAUAAAAAACUUGAUGAAUUUUGUUAUAUUAUAAUAUUUUAAUUUUUCCGUGAUUUUUUCCAAAAGGAUUAGAUCUAAUGAAGGUAUUUUUUUAAACUGCGAAAAAGCUCGCGGGAGAAAGGCCCGAAACACCCUAGUUCUUUUGGGAAAAAAUCUCGGACAUUUUUUUAUGAAAUUGCAAACGUUAGUAUGAAAAUAAAACAAAUUGAACAAAAAAA